UACUUCAAAGAGCAGGAUCUUUUAAAGCCGGAUCGUUCGCGAACGACCCAUCACUCGGUGUUGGCAGCAAAUGGUAACAACGUCUUCAUCUCAUCUCUUUUUGCACUCCAACUAAUUACUUACUUACUUACUUUUAAAAUCAGCUUUUCAUUCCGCGUCUUACAUUUAAAACAUGAGCCAAGACAUAAAGCCGGAAGUUAGCAACACGCUGGAAAAAAUGUGCGAAUUCCAAAAGGUGAGAAAGUUGAUGGAGGAGCGACUAAAUGUUACUGCUGAAGAAAUAUUUGGAGUGUUGGAAAGAACCAUAGCAGAGUACGAGGAGGAACUUUCUAGGACAAAGGAGGAGAACAAACGUCUACAAGAACUACUGGAUGCUGUUUUCAAACCUCAAGUUGUGCUACACAGAGCAGACGUCCAGCAGGUGUCAGCGGGGAGUCAUGAAGAGGAGUGGCACACCAGUGUGGGACAGAAGGAGCUACAGGCCCCCUCCCACAUUAAAGAGGAGCAGCCCUGGGAGCAGCUUCAUGAUGAAGAUGAAGCUCAGUCCUUACAGCUUCAUCACAGUCAAAGUGAGGAGAACAGAGGGGCGGAGCUUGUAACUCAACACAUCACAGAAGCUGAUGGAGAGCAUUGUGAAGAUAUAAACUCACAACCAGACAGCAUCUUUGCUCCAUUGUCAGACAUGGACGACAUGAUGUCAGACUCUUCUGAUCACAGUGACCACAUCCAAAAACCUUUGGAGAGUAAACAUGACUCUAAAGGUGAUACGACACAUCACACUAACAACAAACACUUUGACUGCUCUGAAUGUGGAAAAUCAUUUAGACAGAAGAGUAAUGUUACAGUACACAUGAGAAUACAUACUGGAGAAAAACCUUUUACUUGCUCUGUUUGUAAGAAGAGUUUCUCCCAAAAGCAUGCCAUGACCACACACAUGAGAACACACACUGGUGAGAAACCUUUUACUUGCUCAACUUGUGGUAAAAGAUUCAACAGCAAGAAUGACAUGAUUAGACACAUGAGAACACACACAGGUGAGAAACCUUUUACUUGCUCUGUUUGUAAGAAGAGUUUCUACAGAAAGAACAACAUGACCGCACACAUGAGAACACACACUGGAGAGAAACCAUUUAGUUGCACUGUGUGUGAUAAAAUAUUCAGGUUUAAGCAGCAGGUCAGUCAACACAAGUGUGUAACAGCCAUGGAAGCUGCAGGGAUUUAAAAACACUUAAACAGUGAUUGUGCUAAAUGUACUUUAAAAACACAGCAUGUUUAAUAUGAAUGUAUAUUUUAUGUUGUAUGUAGUGAUUUUCAUUAUCUAUCGUUAUAUGUUGUCCUGUAAUUACUUUUUAAGUUGUGUGCAGUUAUUGAAUAAUAUAUAUGUAGCUACUAUUUUAUUAUAUUUUAUUAUAUUUUCUCAUUGAUAUUUUCAUUUGUUUUUUUCACACGUUUCCAAAUUGCAUUUUAUUGAUGUUAUUAUAAUAAUAAUAAUAAUAAUGGAUUAGAUUUAUAUAGCGCUUUUCUAGACACUCAAAGCGCUUCACAGAGAAGUGAGAACCCAUCAUUCAUAUUUACAACUCAUUCAUUCAUCAUUCAUUCUCCGGUGUGAGCGGCACCGGGGGCAAGGGUGAAGUGUCCUGCCCAAGGACACAACGGCAGCGAUUUUGGAUGGUAAGAGGCGGGGAGCGAACCUGCAACCCUCAGGUUUCUGGCACGGUUGCUCUACCCACUACGCCAUACCGCCCCCCGAAUAUAAUUAAAAGUAUGAAAUAAUAAAAUUGUUAACAAAAUUUGGACUAGAUUAGUAGCAUUGUUACAUCAUGAAUGUUAACUACUGCAAAACAUCAACCGAAGAAGAAAAAUGCUGAAGUUAGCAACACAUCACUGAACUUUAGAGCCAUCGUGAGUGGAGUUGGUGGUUUUUAUUGCUGCAUUUGUACUUAUUUCACCAUACAUUUCACUUUUAAUCCUAAAGUCUUCUUCAAAUAUAUUGUUGUAGGCUUCUAAGAUUUGUG